CAACUUUACUAUGAAACGAAACUAACCUAGAAUAAUACCGUCUCUUGUUGCCUCAAUAUAAUAAAUAAAAACGUCAUUUGUUGCGUGUAUAAACAAUGGAAGAGAUAAAUGAAAAUGAAGAAAAUACUUAUUCAAGCCAUUAUUUAAGUAAUUUGAGAAAACUAAAGCAAAAUGGCACAUUGGAUAUCGGUGAAAAUUUUGUUCAACAGACUCUCAAAUGGCGAAACACUUUGAAAUAUUGUGUUUUAGAAACAUGUGUCGGACAUUACAGCGAAGAAUGUAGAUUGGAAAUACUGGCCCUUUUGGUGGAAUCAAAGAAAAGUACAUUACGAUUUACAUCCAAAGAACUUGAUAUGAUUUUGUUAUUUCUAAAGUACAACCUUUGUGAGAAAAUGGAAUAUAUACCCUUGAUUAAAAAAGCCUUAAAACGACUAAGAGAUAGUUUGGCUGUGUUGCAAAGACAAUGGAUACAAAAAGUAAAAAUGGAAAAUUACGACAAACAAAAUAUUGGUUCUAAAAUGUGUGAAAAUGAUUUAUCUAGUGAAACAUCCAAACAAAUUGAACGUAAUAUAAAUGAUUAUACCAUGUUUCUUAUAAAUCUACGUGAAAUAUGUGUGAACAAUUUAUAUCCCGAUGCAACAUACCAUCGUAGACGUUCCAGCUUACAAAUACUUUUGCUCGCACAAGAUAUCCUCUCCAACGAACUUAAAAAUAUCGAGUGGAGGAAGGGACAAGUAGAAACAAUAUUUCAGUGCUUACUGCUGGACACAUAUGAACCUAAUAAAGAGAUGGCAUAUCAGUUACUAAAAUAUGUAGAUCCAAGCCUCUUAUGCUUAGAUUCAAAAUUGCAAGUGCAAUUAAUAAUUGAAGUUGCACUUGAACUGGGUAACAGUAUACGACCCAUUGACAGUGUUACAGCUGCAUACAUGUUAAAGAUAUCUAUGCUAUCUCCUGUUAUAAAGAAUGUUCUCUGUGACUAUUAUAAUAUGGAUGACAAUAUUACAGAGACAGUGGCACUACAUUUAGUCUUACUGUUGUACAGAAAAUUUCAAGAGGCAUUGGUUUUAGCAAGGCAGAAUAUUGGAAUGGCAAUCGUUAAAUGUUCUCUGUAUGGAUAUCUAUUUUGCAUGAGAAGUUUACUCUGCGAUUGCGACUUGAGAAAUGCAGGAAAGGACAAAUUAUGGCAAAGUGCAAUAGCAAAUAUCAUUUUAUUGUGCUUCGAACUAAAUCACACCAUUUCCAUAGUAGUAAAUAACUCCUCACCGGAAGGCCAUUUACCAAUGGACUUGAAAACAUUGAACCUCAACAAUGAUACGUCAUUUCCCGAGAAAGAGAUUGUAACGCCGCAGAUGAUAUUACUUUGUUCCUGGCGUACUGUCAAGGAAGUUAGUCACUUGUUUGGUCUGUUCGCCACCGAGGCGUCAAUACAAACGAGCGAAUCUGAGAAUGGAUUGCUUACGAAGGAACAAAUUGAACAAAUAAUGAGACAUCUUGUCUCGUUAUUGUGCGAAACGAAGCAUCGAGGUGCGUUCGAGCAGGUGUAUGUAGGCUUCCAUCAACUAUGUAUGCGAUUGUGGCAACUGACAGGUACAACUUUGAAUAUACUUCCUAUACAAUGCUUGCACGAUACCUUGAUAGGCAUCACGGGACUAAUACCAGGAUAUUCAAAAUUAUGCGCGACAAGAAGAAGCGCUGGUGUUCCGUUUCUGAUGCAGGCAGUGCUAUCUUCGUCACUAAAGACCAGAGACUAUUCAAAGGGGCAAUUCUUUCAUUCGGUUAUGAAGAUCUUACUACAAUUUACAAAGUUUGAGGAUACUGUUGAUUUAUGGGAGAGAGUAAAAUGCAUAAUGUACGAAGAUUCGAUAUUUUCUUAUUACAAACAUAUAAUAGAGUCGAAAAUGGAAAACAGAAACGAAUAUCAUAAUGGGGAAAUUAAAGCUGAUGUUACCGAGAUAAAGACUCAUUCUAUGAAUAUUCUUCGAGCCCUAUUCAGACACUCCCAGCUUGGCGAUUUGGUUAAAAAUUAUAUCGCAGACGGUUUGAUAGUGGCGUUUAAAAACUACGAUAGUAAAACGUGGGCAGAACGUAACGCAGCCACGUUAUUAUUUAGUGCACUUAUUGUUCGAAUAUUUGGUGUUCAAAGAACCAAGGAUCACAUUAAUCUAACGACUUGCAAUACGAUGACAGGGAGAUUAUUUUUCGAAAAAUAUCCUAGCCUGUUGCCUUUUAUCCUGGACGAAUUGCGGACUUUCAUAUCAACCAACGAUACUAUGAUAAAGUCAAACGUGCAAGCUAUUUUAUUGUUGCUGUCACGAUUAUAUAUUAAUAAUUCUCACGAAGCGGAUAUCACUUGGAAGACAGAUGAAUUGCGUAAUUUAGUAUUGCAGUGCGCUAAAAGUCCCGUAUAUCAAACACGCGAGCUUGCGGCUAGAGCACUGGUGCCGUUGCUAACUGAAAGUACAGUCGAUGGCACUUUGGAAAAUUUGUUUCUACUAAUUUUACAAGCAAUUGGAGAUAUUCAAGCUUCGGCGAAUCUAAUUCACGGCUACCUGUUACAGGUGCUCAAAAUUUUGAGGAAAUUCACGUCUAACGGAGCGCUUCUUAAAUCGUGUAAAACGACAAAUCUCUCCUCCGCAUUACAUGUUAUAUCAAGCCUUCUGGACGCAAGACCUGAUAGGUUCAAUACUUUCCCAAUAGCUACCGUAUACGUCGACGUCCUUCAUGAAUUGUAUAAAGCGGAGAAAGACAUCAUAGACAGUUGCAUAAUGAGGAAUGUAUUGCACACACUUCAGCGGUGUUUGACGGAAAAGAAUCCGUCAAAACCAGAGCAGCCAUGGCCAGGUGAACAAAUGUACAAAGUGUCCGUAAUCAAGCUAAUACUGAGCGUUGGGCAACAUUCCAAUUUCUUGCAAACAGUACACAAUAGACAGAGCAGAGCGUUUGAGAUAUAUUCGCGGCUCUUGAUCACACCGGAAGCCGAAGUACAGCGUAUCGCUUGGAGCACUGUUUCCGAAAUACUAACCAGACAGCGAGAAAGUGAGCAAAGGAUGUUACUGGGGAAUUACGCUAUUCGUGUAGCUACCGAUAUCACCGAACAUUUAUAUAAACACAAUCCCGAUGUGCAAGAUGCACUUUUCGAUUUCUUAUACAACUGUCUGGUGAAUGCGGACGAAUGGUUUGCCGCUAAUGCUUAUUGCAAAAGACGUGAACUCUGCACCUUGGUCUUGCAGAAAAUGCAUUCGCACUACACGAACAGCGUUCAUUUGCAACGUGUUAAUUACUUACGGUUGCUUGGGAAAUGUAUGGCGACAUUGAUUCGUAAAUUGACGGAUAAAGAACUCGAAAUGGAAUACAAAGAGGAUAUCUACAGAAAAGUCUGCGACAACGACUGGAUUGGUACAUUGUCCAAAGAUUUCAGAUCGUCCGUUUUCGAUAUACUCUGCAGUCUUUUCACUGAAUACGACAUUGAUACCGAGCAAUGCCAUCCCGUGUUGGAUUGGUGGACAGUGGUAUUGCAGUUAUUAGUCGACGAUAAUGUGGAUAUUCGGCGCGAAGCGUGCAAACUAAUUUGCUGCAUUGAACCGUCCAACGAACUGGAGUGUAUAGAGAAAACUUUACCGAUAUUCUUCCGAAAAUUCAACAACACGGUUGCUGAAAAGUAUCCUGAAAUAGCAAUCAGUGCUCUAUUUUACUGGAGUGUUUCAUUACUAGGAGAUGCAGACUACGAAAUGGAUGAAACCGACGUCUUCAACAAGUGUAGAAAUUACGAUGUCUUUGAACCUGUAAGGAUAUCAGAAAUGUGCUACGAUCUAACAAGGUCAAUAGCACAACGAUACUCCAUUGACAGUGUAUUACCCCUAGAUGCUGUCAGAUGGAUAAAUUGCCGUUUAGACACUAACUUUGCCACAAUAUCCUUCAGAGGCAUUGUUCGCGGUUACAUGAGCAACGUGCCGACAAUCGAAAGAAAAUUGGUGGAAAUUUUAGAUCCAACGUACAAGGACAAAUUGCUACAAAUUUUAGCAUGCGAGAAAUACGCAGCCUUACAAUGUUGAAUCCAUUAUGCGAUUGCAGUUUAUUGUAUAUAAGCGUAUUUUAUAAUAUUAAUAAA